UUCCGUUUUCCUGCUACUCAUCUUCAUCGGCGUAUACUUUCAUUCUUCUUAUCUCAUCAUCUCUUUACCUUUCCAGAUACUUCCAUUACUCUCAUCUCAUGGAGAAAGGUCCACACAUAGGCAAAGCCAUCCGAUGCAAAGCUGCAGUUGGUAGAAAUGCAGGAGAGCCCCUAAAAAUAGAGGAGGUUGAAGUGGCUCCGCCAAAGGCUUUUGAAGUCCGUAUAAAAAUCAUCUGCACGUCUUUGUGCCACAGCGACCUAACGUUUUGGCAAAUGAAAGUUGGUGUAUUUCCAAGAAUUUUCGGACACGAGGCGGUCGGAAUUGUAGAGAGUGUGGGGGAGAAUGUAGAGGAGGUGAAGGAAGGCGACUUCGUGAUUCCGACAUUCUUACCAAAUUGCCAAGAAUGUGUAGAUUGCAAGUCUGGAGAGAGCAACAUGUGCUCGAAAUUUCCUUUCAAGGUCGAACCGGGUAUGAGAGAUGGGACCAGCCGUUUCAAAGACUCUAAUGGAGAGGUUAUACACAAUUUCAUCAAUGUAUCAAGCUUUAGCGAAUACACAGUGGUGGACAUUAUUCAGGUAGUGAGGAUCGACCCUGUGAUCCCUCCCGAGAAGGCAUGCUUGCUCAGCUGUGGAGUGUCCACAGGGAUAGGGGCUACUUGGAAGGUGGCCGCAGUGGCAGCGGGGUCCACCGUAGCCAUCUUUGGGUUAGGAGCCGUUGGACUUGCUGUAGCUGAAGGAGCAAGACUCCGUGGAGCUUCUAAAAUCAUUGGUGUGGAUUUGAAUCCGGAGAAGUUUGAAAUUGGAAAGAAAUUGGGGCUAACCGACUUCAUUAACCCGGCCGACUGUGGCGGUAAACCUAUCAAUGAGAUCAUUAAGGAAAAGACGAAUGGUGGCGCUGACUAUUGCUUCGAGUGCAUUGGGUUAGCAUCGGUGAUGAACGAUGCAUUCACCAGCUGCCGAACCGGUUGGGGAAAAACCAUUAUCUUAGGCGUGGAAAUGCAUGGCUCGCCGUUAUGCAUCAGCUCGGCCGAGAUUCUAGGUGGCAAAUGCAUCAUGGGCUCGUUGUUUGGAGGAAUCAAAGCCAAGUCUGAUAUUCCACUCCUUGUGAAACGGUAUAUGGACAAGGAGAUUCAUUUGGACGAGUUCAUAACGCACGAGAUGGGGUUCUUGGAUAUAAACAAAGCUUUUGAUUUGCUCGUUGAAGGGAAAUGCCUUCGUUGCAUCAUCUGGAUGGACCGAUGAGUGGGCCACACCUAAUAUGAGUGUUAGUGCCAAUGUGUCAUCUUUGUAUGACAUCCAACCUGUCAUAAGGUCUUUUCAACCAUAAAGAUCGCUAAAUACCCACUCAUCAGGUGGGCCACACGUAUACUUUUGAUCAUAUUGACGGCUGUCAAUUGUUUAUAAUAGUCUGGCCCACAUGAUAAGUGGAUCAACAUGAAUUUUGCACCAGGUGAUCUUGAUGAUGGGGCCCACCUUUUGAACGUGUUGGAUAUCAUACAUACGGGAUAGGUUGGCACUAAUAUGCUAGUGGGACAGUAAUUUAUAAUUCCACAGUAAUAAGUUAUGUUUCUUCCAAACUAAGCAUUACAAUAAUUGACAAGGUUCUCCGAU